UAAUUAUUCAGAAUGUUAACACUACUUACAUCUAUCACCGCUUCUCAUCAAGCUUGAAGUUAUCAGCUCUCGUUUUUCUAAAAGGCAACCAAAAUUAGCAAGAUGAAAAAGCUGCCUGAUUUUUAGCCCUGCUCGUAUUGGUGGUGCGAUGGCAAAGCCUUACGUACAGUGCACAAUCCUCCUACUCCUCUUGGUCUCAAGGCUAGCCCUUGCCACCAUUUUCAGGUCGGAGUGUCAGCAAAAAGCGAUAUUCACAUUUAAAAAGAAAGGUUAUGCUUUGAUUGGUCACGUGAUAGACACUCUUGAAGUCGACAGCCAUGGUGACUGCGCCUCUGAGUGCUUGGCCAAUCAGCGAUGCGCUUCGUUCAACCACAAGGAAAAUGCGUGCGAACUAAACGACAAGACAGCGGCUGAGGUGUCAGCCUCAGAUUUGGUCCUUAGGACUGGAUAUAAUUACUUUGAUGCCGCCACAUAUGUUUUGCCGGUUUGUGCCUCUAUAACUUGCGCCAAUGGUGGUACAUGUCUGGAGCUUUGUGAUACAGGUGGUUACGAGUGCAGCUGUGUUCCUGGUUUCUUUGGAGAGAAAUGCGAGACAUGGGGAGGAUGGAAUGGUUCGACAGCCGCUUUGGCAGGCAGAUCCUGUAAUCAAAUCAAAAUCUUUGGCUUUUCUCGGGGAGAUGGGACGUACUGGAUCCGACCAAAGCUGAGCAUCGACGCAUUUGUUGUCUACUGUGAUAUGACGACGGAUGGGGGAGGAUGGACAACGAUAAAAAAGAUGAUUGUCAAAAACCCUCCUAUCACGGCCAUAACCGGGUACUAUGAUUACAGGAAGAUCGCGUAUCCUAUUCCAACAGACACAGUUGUUGCAGCGUCUUCACUAAAUGACCUACGUACCGACAUGGGCUUCGAUCAAAUGCGCUUCUACUGUCAUAAGGCAGCGGUCAAUCGAGUGUUCCAUAUCAUGACAAACAACGACGAGCUCGGGAAACAAGCCAUCAGGUGUUUGAUCCAAAAGUCCACCCCAUGGCCCCAGGCCUGCAAUUCGUUCACUCGCCUUCCCGACGACACUUCCUUCAUAUCAAGGAACUGUCAGUACUGGGGGAGCAGCUGCGAUGGAGUUUGUAACCGUUGGGGACAUUCAAGUUAUACUGGAGAAUGGAGAGCAUACCAUCGCAUCAUGCGUUUUCUUAACCCGGACACAGGGACUACCCACGUAGUUGGCUUUUAUCCAAACCAUUUAUGGUGUGAUGAUUCUGAUAAUACAAAUUUUGCCGCAGGGGAUGAAUUUGCUAUUUAUGUCCGAUGAAACGGCCGACCUUAAAGAUCAGUGUAUGGAAUUUUUUCCUUAUGAAAAUAUAUAUAUACUUUUCCGUUUCUGCCGCUUGCAGAUUUGAUGUUGUUAUGGUUUUGCGACAAUAUGCUAAAUUCUUUUGUAAAUUGUUCCCGCAUGAUAUUUUCAAAAGAAAAGCUCACACAAACACACACACACACACACACAAAAUGCGAAGACUUAAUUCUAUUUUUGUUUUAUAUAUUUAUAAAUCAAUUGGUUACCAUUAUACUCGUUUUAGCGUCCUUCCGAGAAGGGCCCGCCCUUAUAAGCCCCGCCCCCAAGGCGCAAAAAUAUUAAUAGGAGCACCCUUCAAAUGAGAACCUCCACAAAAAAUAUGAAAGAAUGACGGUGAAGGUUACUUUUUAGUACACUCUUUUUUCACAAGAACGUAUUGUUUUUAGUUUCGGCUGGGCCGUUCUUAUGUUUGGGACAUUUUAAGGGUGAAUUAUGUUCUUAACAAUGUUCUUUAAUUUUAGUGUAUAUGAGAAUAUGAUACCCAAUUUAUUAGGAAGAGUAUAGACUAACACAUGAUCAAUAGCAAUAAAAAGGUUGUUUAUGAGCACAAUUUGAUUCUCCAUUUUAGAACGCACCAGGACUAAAAAAGAAACAUUUUUUCUUCUAUCUGAGCCUCGGCAUGUUCUUAGCAUGUUCUUAAAAUUUAUUAAAAUCUCAGGCUGGACAUUCUUAUAAAAAAGAGUGUACCCAAGUUACACUCUCUACUAUCGAAAGACCUUUUCUCAACUAUUUGAUGGAAUUGUAAAAAUGAAUACGCUCUUUUUUUAUAAGAACCUCUAAGAUUCAUUUGAGGCUGGGCCGUUCUUAUUUUUGGGACAUAAGGCUGAAUAUGUUCUUAACGAUGUUAUUAAGUUUUAGUGUAUAGAGUAGUUUUCAAAAUCCGGUGCAACAAAACGUAAUUAGUAUAAUAGUCAAGCCAGAACAAAGGAGCAAUAAUAAAGUUGCUAAUAUGAGCACAAUUUUAUUCUGCAUUUUAGAACGCAUCAGGACUAAAAAAGAAAUCUGCUAUCUGAGCCUCGGCAUGUUCUUAAAAUUUGGUGAAAUCUCAGGCUUGACGUUCUUAUAAAAAAGGUUCUUAUAAAAAAAGAGUGUGUAGGAAAAAUAGAUGUAACACUAUUUAAUAGUUGUAACAGUAUCUAAGUGUAAAACCUAUUUACAGCGAUUAGUCCAGUCAAUCUACCGUAAAUGAUCUAAUAAACGCCCCCUAUCUAAA